UAGGAAAGCACGCACUGAUUCUGCGUGUUGUCCCUCUGCCUGUUCCUGCAUUAAAGUCAGCUAAAUUUGGUUCGGACCCGGCUGGGCAGCGUGCAGAAAAGACCUCUCCCCCAUCUGCCGGUAAUGUGUUGAUAGCCUGUGUAUCAGGGCGGGCUUACGCUGCGACGCACAGUGUGGUCGGUCGUUGGUAAACUCGAUUGUGUGCGCAUCAUCUUCUUUGCUCCAGCCUCAGCAUCUCUCUCCUCCAACCAUCCAUCUACAAACGACUCUCCCGUCCUGCCCAUCAUCUCCAGCCUUCAUAAUGACCUUCACGCCAUCCAUUUGAAUGGUGCGUGGUUGCUUUUGUCCGCUGUGGCUGCGCUUAUUGCUGCUGCCGUGGAGGGAAACGGAUACCUGUGCUGCAUUGGCAUCACUGCAGAGUGUUUCUGGUGACAGCAGCACGUCCGUACAUUUGGCUGUAUUGUGCUUGUGACAGCUACCAUGGCAAAAACAGUCGCACCAUCCAGUCCAAUAACAGGUGAAAAGAUGGCACCACCGUCCAUCACUCUACUUCCUGAAAAGAGAUCUCCGACAAACGGUCACAGCUCUCCAGCUCGAACUGGAAGAACUACUCCAUCCAACACAGAGAAGAGGCCACAAAUAAAUGGACAUGCGUCCCCUUCACACUUAGCUGCUAACGUGAGCAACAACCAUGCAGGUAAACAAAUCGUGGAGGGUUACAUGAAGACAGAUGAUAGGAUGCGAUUAGCCAAAGAGAGACGUGAGGAGAGGGAGAGAAGCCUGGCGGCCAGGGAGCAGCUGAUCCGGGAGAAGGAGCGCAGAGCUCGGCUGCAGUAUGAACGCACAGUGGAGGAACGCUGGAGGCGGCUGGAGGAGCAGAGGCAGAAAGAGGAGCUCCGCAGAGCUGCAGUGGAGGAGAAGAGGAGGCAGCAGCUUGAGGAGGACAGGGAGCGACUGGAGGCUCUGAUGAAACGUUCUCUGGAGCGAAGCCUUCAGCUGGAGCAGAGGACUAAACGCUGGAGUAGAGGUUGCCCUACAGGAGCAGGUGACAGUGAGAAUGCCCCACUCCCUUUCUCUGCUGCCUCCGCCUUUUCCCAUGGCAUUGCCUCCCCCCUUCCUGCUGUCAGCGAAUCUGCACCCUGCAGCCCUCACAGGUCACCUUUCCGCGGCUCGCUGAACCCUGCAGAUCACAACAGAGCUGGACUUCAGGGAGGCUCUCAGUCCACUCCCAAUACCCCAAAGAAAGAGCGACUGCGUAGAGAGAGAAGAACUGAAUCACCAGGUUGUGGAUCCCCUUUGAGAAGAUCCGAAUCCCCUGCUAGUGUCACAAGACACUUGGCUUCCCCUACUACCUCCAAGCUGGCAUCUAAGGUGCGUGCUCAGUCUCCAAGCAAUGCACAUCAGUACCAUUACUCUCCUACAAGACAUCGUGCAAACCUGUCACCUGAUGAGAGGAGAGUGGAAGAUAAGAAGGUGGAGAAACACAGCGAGCAAUCCAAAGCAGUGAAAAAGAAUACUGACAUCAACAGCACUAAUCCACCGUCACAAGAUGAGAAGAAUGUGGCCAACGCUGAAAUUACUAAAUCCAGAUCAUCUAAAGGUGAAACCUUGGAUAAGCAUCUCGAAGGUGACACAUCUGAAAAAAAUCAGUCCCCUGACAGAAAGGACCACAUGUCUCCCAAAGUGGAUUCCUCAGAGAAGAGGACGCAGAACAACACUCAGGAUGGAGACAAGAAAAAAGAAUCAGCACCGUGCAACACAGGCAAGGUGGCAGCUGGCACAACAAAUGCAGAGGAGGCUACCAGGUUGCUGGCAGAGCGCAGGCGUCUGGCUCGAGCUCAGAAAGAAAUGGACGAGAAAAAGCGGGAACAAGAGAAAGAAGAACGGUUAAGGGAAGAGCAGCUGAGGAAGCAGCUCACAACAGAGCAGCAACAGCAGGAGGCAAAGGCUCAACAAGUUAAGGAAAAGCCGAAAAAUGAGGAAGAGCUUCACAGGCUGAAAGACGAUGAAGACAAACGAAAGAAGGAGGAGCAGGAGAAGGAGCUGCACACCCAGACGGACAAAGAGAAAGAAAAAGCCAAAGUCCAGGCUCAGGAGGAUGCAGAGCGUCAGCGGCAAGACAGAGAACUGCAGACGCAACAGGAGGAGGAGGAGAGGCAACUAAGGAAAAAGAGAAUCGAGGAGAUCAUGAAAAGAACGAGGAAGGGUGAAGCUGAACUGAAGAAGGAGGAGCAGGUGGAGACGAAGCCCGUCUCACCACCAGGUGAAGAACAAGUAAAGACUGUUCAAACUAAUGCUCAGGUAAAUGAGCAAGCAGUCAAAAAAGUUGAGUUUCAGGUUAAAGGGGAAGUCCAAGUCAACACGAAGGAAUGUGCCCCGGUGAAGAAAGAAGCUGCAGCAGCUGUAGCAGCAACAGCAGCACAGAUGGACAAUCAGAAGCAAGUUAAAAACAACACUCAACAAGCGACACCGACACGCAGUGUUCCUGACAAGAGACCGGACACCAAACAAUCCAGUGAAGAGCACGGCGGCCAGCUUAACAGAGAGGGCAAAGCCAAUGUUGUCAAGCAACAGGGAAGAGAGGGGGAAAUGAAUGUAAACAAGCAGCCCAGAGCACAUGUUAAAGUCGCAGACCAAAUAAAUAAAGAGGUGACAAAGACAGCAGAUGCCAAAGUCAACCAAAAUGAGGGCGGUAUGAUGAAUGGAGCGGUGAAGGGUGAAGGAAGUGCCUUGAUGAGAAGCCAUCAGACCGCUGAGGUAAGCAAACAGCAAAGCCUGCAUGUGUCGACAGCUGCUAAAGGAGGAUCCCAGAUGGAGGUCAUUAGAUCCUCUGUGGAACCCCUGCCAGUGGUCCACCUGUCACCACCAGUCAUCAAGCUGGAGCCACUAGAUGUGAAGGGUACGGGGGCUGGUGAUGAGGUGCAGUCCAUGGAGGUCAGCCCGGUUUCAAAGGAGGAACUGAUUUCAAUCCCAGAGUUCUCACCAGUCAAUGAAAUCCAGCCGAGCAGCGUGAGUAACACCCGUGCUCUUGAGGACCUGAUGGACCUGACAGGCAGUGUCACCUACCCGAAACUGUCCUCUGAAAGCAACAUAGGUGACUGCAACAAAAACCUCAUUGAGGGUGUUGUUAGUCCCAUGUCAGACUCAAAGCUCAUUGGGAUGUCUGCGCCAUCCUCAAAUAAACUUAGCAUCCAGUAGUCCGUUACGCUCUCUCUUUUCUUUCUCUAUCGCUUGUCUUCUCUUUCUCUCUUCCCUCUGUCUGUCACACACACAAAUCUUCACAGGACGUCACAUUUGGAGUGUGUGCCCUUGUGUCACUACAUUUAUGGGAAUAGAGCCAUAGAGAUUGACUUAAAAAAGUAAACUUGCAAUAUAAGGAAAACAUACAUUCUAUAUUCUAACCACAUAGCAACUGACCAUUGAAAGUCUGUGUCAAAGAUUUUGUGUAAUCUGCAGUUUUUGUUACAAGGACAAGUGUGUGUGUGUGCAACAUGAGCACAUGUGAGAGCAGUCAGGGAGAGAGAGUGUGUCUGUGUGUGAAAUAAUGACAAAAAUGACAAAUAUCAGGGUUUUCAAUAUUAUAAGAAUUUAGAAAACACAUUAUUGCUAAUGUAUGGUCAUAAUAUCUAAUUUUCCCUGUGUAGAUUCCUCACUGGGUCCCAGUUCAGUCCCAGUAUAGGGGUGACAAAGCCUGAUUAGAGCACUGACUAUUGCAUUUAUACCUCUGCCUUUCCACAUGCCCUCUUUAGCCUUUAAAUCUGAUUCAGUAUGUUGCUGGGAAGGGCAUGAUGAUGAUUUCAUUAUAAUGAAAGCCUACUUUUUAAUACUUGAAAAAGGUUCUUCCCAUGUAAUGUAAUUCAUGCAUGUGCUGAUGACUGAUUUGGUUGGAAUUUAAUGCAUUUAUCCCGCAAACUAAACUCCAGCAAGUCUCGUUCACUCUUCUCUAACCCAGCGAGGUCUGAUCAUGGGAUUGUUCACAUUUUUAACGUCGUGGCAAUGAGAUGAUUACCCUUUAUCCUUUUUUAUUCUUUAACUGGGACUUUCUAACUGCACGUGAGUGAGGACGAUGAUUCCAAAGCUGUCAAUCUGAAUGUUAUCGUACACUGAGAAAAUCAUGGCAUCAACACAAAUGAUGGCACAUACCUAUACUACAUGUUUGUUGCAGACUAGAGUAAAUUGCUAACUUUGACUCAAUUGUGAAUAUACAGUAACUGCAUUCAUAAAAGCUUACUGAACUGGCAGGGUGGCCAUUUUUCCAAUGACUCCAAUGAUGAAAUGGGUUUCCAGCGAUAAAAAUACUGACAGCUUAGCAGCUUCAUGUCAUUUAAAGAUGUUCUAUAGGUGUGCCUUGCUAUGUAAAGGGUUUCCAAGGCACAACUGAUGCAUCAAUCUAUUAGACAUACAGUAACAUACAGUAACAUACAGCACAUAGAUUCCAAUCAGUAGAUAUCUGGUUGCUGAUGUGUGACUGAAGUGCACUGAGGCAGGAAUGUUUGCUUAACAAUCAACUUGUAGCUAUAAAGAUGCUGUUACAGUUCUCCUUUCAUCAUGUUGUACUGUUUGGUCCUGUGGGGAUUAUCCAGUGGGCUCCUUUAACUUCUUGAGCCAAUUCAUAAAAUUACUACUAAUUGUAAUUUUUCUGUGUCAUGUCUAAAUGUAAUUUCAGCAGAGAUGCCUUAUGAGGGACUGAUUAGGUACUGAAAUUUUGUGCAAACUGUUUUAAAGUCUUCUGGCUGUGUAUGUUUCUCCUUUCUGGCCACUGGGAUUGUUGUGUGUGACCUGUAAUACUUGAACCUUGGUUUGAAAUGCUUCGUCUCCACCAUGCAGACAGCAAAUUACUGUAACAGCUUAUACACAUUGUUAUGCAACUUAUAAAGGGACAUUUAGAUUUGUUCUCCUUAGACGAUACAUAGCCUGGAGAGACAGAGGCUUUCUAAAUUGUCUUAAGUGAAUUAACCUUAUAUGUAUGUUACAUACAGUAUUUGAAAGUUAGGAUUUGCUGUAUAUUUUGCAUAUUCAAAUACCGCUGUACCACGCUGACUAAAAUUACACUUUUUUUUUGUUUGUUUUUGCAAAGGGGAUGAUUUUAAGGAAAUGCAAACGGUUCAGAAAUGAUACAGUAUAAACAACCACUUUGAAAAGUAUUUAAGUUUGCUCCGACCCAUAUUUCAAAGUCUAUCACAGUUAGCUUAACUCCUGAGUUACGUAAUUACUGUAGACAUUGUGCAUGGUUAGCAUGGUCACAACAAUGUUACCUAAAACAAUAAAAUGUAAA